AUGUCAACGACUUUGGACAACAGCAGCAACACUGGGCUGAACAAGCUGCUGCCAAAGUCGAUAUCCUCCAAGCGACUUCGAAGAAAACAAGACCGUGAACAGCCAGGGCUGUCCUAUGACGAUGCUAGCGUCUCUGCACAUUCACAGUCGAGCCGAGAAACUUUAGAAAGCGACGGUACACGCUCCGGGCACGUUGCAGGAGACGAGGAUGAGGGAACAAGCCAGAGCCAUCGUUCCUAUGAGUCCGAUGGGGAUGAAUCCUGCGAGGCUGAGACCCUCUCGGCAAAGUAUCAACCAGAGUCACAGCCUUCGCUUUCGGACGUCGAAUCAAACAGUAGUGCUUCAAAAUCGUCAACGUUCCCAGCAUCGCGAACAGACUCCAUCGAUCCAAAAGACCCCCGGAUCGGCCGGAGUAAGACGGGCUUGCUCCCUCCCCAAAGUUCCGCUCGUCGUUCGCCAUCACCUGCUGGUAGACUCAAGGGUAUAUUCAAGCCCAAGAAGAGCUCUGGGGAUAAUUCGAGUUCAGAGCGUCGCCCGGCAAGCGAGCCACAACCAUCGUCUGAGACUCGCGACGAACAACAGCCCACCAUCUCAGUGGAUCCAGAUCCUGAUCAAGACUUGCCAGUUCUCGAGCCACCAGCUGCAGCUAAGGUUGCUUCGCCCGAAAGACGGACGAGGGUACAGCCCAAGGUUGACACGAAUAUCCCACCUCGAACUCCUCCAAGCGGUGACAAACCUGCCCCGGUUAUAGUAAACACCCCACCUACACCUACUGAGUUCGCCAACAAAUCCGGCCAAUCGUCUCCCGAGAGGAAGUCCUUUUGGAGUAGCCCAGGGCACAAUUCGGGUACUAAUGGCCGUCCUUCCUCUCAGAACAUGAGUGCGAACAGGAGGAGUCGAUCGAAUUCACAAAACAUCGGCCCCAGCAAACUCUCUAACAUUGUAUCCGCGCCCUUGACACCGACCCAAGAGAGUGAUGAACCAACUCCUACGGCGAAUCAGAAUCCUUCAGGCGGCUUUUUCUCGUCUAUGAUCUCAGCUGCCCAAAGCGCUGCCAAUUCUUUCAGCAACACCAGUCUGAAUAUUGGCGGAAACAAGUCUCGAAGCGUGACGCCCAACAUACAAGAAACACCCGAAUCCGACGAUACCCAAGACAACAACGAACCUGCCCCAGUGGCGCAAAUGGAGGACAAGAAGGAAAACAGAAAAUCCGCAGUGUCAACCAUUGGUGCCGGUGAGCUGAGCCUCAGUCAACUUGGACUUGCCGAAGCUCCCAGCCUUGUCGCAUCUCCAGUUAACGCCAGGUUCCCCGAUGUGUCUGACACGCGUGCUCGGUCUGAAUCUGCUCCCGUCGAUUCUCCAGUGAGUCCUGUGGAGUUUAUCCCAGAGGAGUCUUCCAGUCGCCCACGCUCACUCUAUGAACCCGUGAGCCGUGAACGCACGCCCCCCCCUCCAGAGCUUACGAACAAAGAGAACGGUGUGCAAAGAACAUCCAGUCUCCGAAGUGCUCUCAAACAGAGCCACAGGAAGCGUGGAAGCUCUGUCACAACUGGUACCACCAUAGGAGCUGCAAUUGCAGCUGCGAAUAGUUCACUAGCUCAUCCAAAUCUAAGCGCACCUAAGCUUACGGGAUUCGCCAUCGCUAGUAAGAAAAGAAAUCGCGAUUUUCACGAUUUGUUUAAGAGUGUGCCAGAUGAUGACUAUCUCAUCGAAGACUACAGUUGCGCCUUGCAGAGAGAGAUUCUCGCGCACGGCCGCCUUUAUGUCUCAGAGGGUCAUCUCUGCUUCAGCAGCAACAUUUUUGGUUGGACAACAACACUCGUUAUGAGUUUCGAUGAGAUUGUAUCUGUCGAGAAGAGAAGCACUGCACUGCUAUUCAAGAACGGUCUAAUGAUUUCAACACUACAUGCCAAGCACAUUUUUGCCAGUUUCACAAGCCGCGAUGCUACAUACGAUCUGAUCGUGAACAUAUGGAAACUUGGGCACCCUACACUCAAAAGCACGCUGAACGGUGUGAGACUUGAGGGCACCGGUGGCGACAAAACGGAAAAGGUAGAUGCUGAGCCUCCAGUGGAGGAGGAUGAGACCCACGUAGGCUCGGAGACGGAUGACGAGAGUGAUGAUGAAGAGGAGUACUAUGAUGAGGAUGUCCACGAGGAGAUGCACAAUGCUAGCAUAGCUGCCGAAACGAAAACCAACGGAGCAGAUGCUGAUGGUGAGAAGGCUGCUUCCCGGAAAGCAUCAGGAGCAGCACUCCCAAGUGGGCCGGCAUCUGAAGAGUCACCGCCCGCUGCUGGAGGCUCCGCGGACUUUCCAGGCCCGGCUGCUCAUGCGCCCACUGAAUGUGGUGACACCGCAUCACAUUACGACAGAGUGGUUGGCGAUGAUAUUAUCCCAGCACCACUUGGCAAGGUAUACAAUCUCAUGUUUGGCCCAGCUUCAGUUGCAUUCAUGUCGAACUGGCUAUCGGGAGAGCAGAAGUGCCUAGAGCUGCAGAUGGAGGACAAGAAGGGCCUUACACUGGAUAACAAAACACGAACAUUCUCAUACAUCAAGCCACUCUACGGCUCAAUUGGACCAAAGCAGACCAAGACUAUUACCUCUGAGACAUUAGAGACUUUAGAUCUCGAGAAGUCGGUCAACCUUACCUGCUCAACCCAAACACCAGACGUGCCGAGUGGCAAUGUGUUUGCGGUCAAAACCAGGUACUGCCUCUCGUGGGCCGAAAACAAUGCCACAAGAGUGCAGAUGAACUGUACAAUUGAGUGGUCCGGCAAGAGUUGGCUGAAAGGUCCUAUCGAGAAAGGUGCGACUGAUGGCCAGACUACAUACGGAAAAGACCUGUUUGCAGCUAUCAAAGCAGCAGUGUCAUCCAAACCAGGAGGAGCAACGCCGUUAGCCUCAGCACUUAAGGGAGGCAAGAGGAAAGGCAAGAGGGCCAAGCUUUCGCAGUCAAAUACUGGAGUUGUCGAGACCAGCGUUACACCCAAGCGGCCUGCUCAGACAAGUUGGGGUGUUCUGGAGCCUGUACGCGGAAUCCUGGAGCCAAUUGGAGACAUUGUUCAACCUCUUCUCACUGGAAAUGUCAUGUAUGGGCUUCUGGUAGGGUUGUUGGUUGCCACGUGGUUUGGCUUUGGUUUCACGCCUAGUCGAAAUGCUUCAUACGGUCGCGAACUUGGGGGCGUCUACCGACCGGACAGGGUUGCUGCUUAUGAGGAGAUGUGGCGAAGAGAGGACAGCGAGCUUUGGGAUUGGUUGGAGGAACGUGUCGGAAUGGACCGUCUGCAAAGCGACAACGUCGGGGCUCGCAAGAGGGCAAUGGAACCAAAGACAGUUGAAGAGAACUUGCGUGCAACUCGAAUGGGUGAAAAAGAGGUGGAAGAAGCAAUUCGAGUCACGGAGGAAAAACUGAGAGUACUAAAGGGAGUUAUGGAGAAGAAGAGCAAGCCUGACAGAUCGACUGGUGAUGAUGUUCGAUCACAGGGAGUAUAG